AUGUCCUCCUCCUCGAUUCCCAAGACUCAAAAAGUUGUUUUAUUCAACGAUACCGGAGAUUUCGACAAGAUCGAAUAUGUAACCGACUUCCCCACUCCCACAAUCGAGUCUGACCAUGAUAUAGUUGUGAAAAACGCCUAUGCUGGUAUCAACUUUAUCGAAGCUUAUUUCAGAAAGGGUAUCUAUCCAAUCACUGCCAAACCCUAUGUUUUCGGAAGAGAAGCCAGUGGUGAAGUUGUAGCCAUUGGGUCUAAAGUAACCAACUUGCAAGUCGGCGAUAAGAUUGCUUAUUUGUCGUCAUCGACGUUUGCUCAAUACACCAAGAUUACUGAUCAAGAGUUCAAAUACGUCAAAUUGCCCGCGCUGGCCAGUGACAAGGAUUUGGAAGUCUAUGGAUCGUUUUUCUUACAAGGGUUAACGGCAUUAACAUUUAUUCAUGAGGCGUACAAUGUCACCAAGGGCGAUUAUGUCCUUGUGUGGGCCGCAGCUGGUGGUGUUGGUAAAAUCUUGGUGCAAUUGAUUUCACACUUGGGUGCACAUGUAAUUGCCAUUGCUUCCACAGAGGAGAAGUUGCAAUUGGCCAAAUCUUACGGAGCUGAGUACUUGAUUGAUGCCAAUAGCGAUGACAUUGACCAAAAAGUUGAUAAAAUCACCAAUGGUGCUGGAGUAGCGGCAUCUUUUGAUUCAGUUGGUAAAGAUACUUUUUAUACAUCAUUGAAUUCAUUAGCAAGAAAGGGCACUUUUGUUAGUUACGGAAACUCGUCGGGACCAGUGACACCAUUUCCCUUGGCUUUGUUAUCACCCAAGAAUAUCAAGUUGUUGAGACCGCAAUUGGGUGCGUAUAUCGCCACAAAGCAAGAAUGGGAUCAUUAUUCUGCUUUGUUAUUGGAUUUGUAUCAACUGGGUAAAUUAAAGUUUGAUAUUUAUAAAGUUUACGAUUUGAAAGAUUAUAAACAAGCAGCUCAGGAUUUGGAAGGUCGGAAAACUCAUGGUAAAUUAACUUUGAAGAUCCCUCAAAAUUAA